GGCGCUCUGUGCCCAGACAUCAGCCGCCUGUCGAGCUAGAUCUGCGGCGUGUAGAUCUCUGCGGCACCGGCGCGUUUCAGCGCCCGUCUAUCCGCCGUGUUUCUGUGUGGGGGCGUUCAGCUCUACCCGCCGCCAGCAGCUCCAGGAACGGACUGACUUUCUAGCUCCGCCGCUGACGAACCACCGACUGUGUGGUUUUUUUUCUUCUUCUUCUUCUCUCUCCACGAGUAAACGUUGAGAGUUUAACCGUUGAAGCCGUUGGAAUCAGUUCGAAUCGAACGUUGAUUCACCAACCGCCAGAUUCGCGUUGCCGUUCGCGUUGACUUAUUUUGUAGCCGUUGGACGGAACGUGUUCCAACUUAAAAAAAAAAAAAAAAAAAAAAAAAAACGAACCCGCAGACAUUUUGUUAUUUCUGAGAAUUACACCGUUUUUUUUCUUCUCCUUUUUCUUUUUUUGUGUCCUCCUACUUUUUUCAUCAGGUUGAAAGCUUUUAAAGGACCGCCACACAGCGACACGGAAGACCCCAUUUCUCUCCCCUUACCUCCUAAACCCCCAAACACCGCCGUGUGUUAGUGUGACUAACGUUUUUUCAAAAAUUCGAAUUUACAUGCGUUGAGCUCGCUGCCGCUGCCGCUCGUGCGUUGAGGCGGAAGAACUCGCAACUGAUGCGAUGGAUCGUUUUGACUGACAGCUUCUGAAGAACUAGCUUUAGCCACCGAGGAACCAGCGCUGCUGCUGCUGCUGCUGCUGCUGCUGGUGGGUUCCUGUUCGCAGACACGGUAAAUACGGGGUCCGGACAGGUUGAGGGUCCGCUAGCUACUGUUAGCUAGGCUGGGCUAGCUCUGGACAAAGGACCAACGCAGGGGAAAUAUAAACACGGGGCACUCCGUGGGUCGUGUUGAGGAAGGAAAAGCAACAAACAAGGAAUUGACAUGAUGUUUCCACAAUCAAGACACUCAGCUUCAUCGCAGCAGCUGAAAUUCACAACCUCUGACUCCUGUGACAGGAUCAAGGAUGAGUUCCAGUUCCUCCAAGCACAAUACCACAGUCUGAAGCUCGAGUGUGACAAGCUGGCCAGUGAGAAGUCAGAGAUGCAGCGCCAUUAUAUCAUGUACUACGAGAUGUCCUACGGGCUCAACAUUGAGAUGCACAAACAGGCUGAGAUAGUGAAGAGAUUGAACGGGAUCUGCGCACAAGUCCUCCCCUACCUGUCUCAGGAGCACCAGCAGCAGGUCCUGGCAGCCAUAGAGAGGGCCAAGCAGGUCACCCCCCCAGAGAUGAACUCCAUCAUAAGGCAGCAGCUCCAGGCUCACCAGCUGUCUCAGCUCCAGGGCCUGGCCCUGCCCAUGACCCCCCUGCCGCUGGGCCUGAGCCAGCCAAGCCUCCCCGCCGUCACCACCUCCUCCGGUCUCUUCUCCCUCUCCUCCCUGCUGGCCUCCCAAGCCCAGCUGGCCAAGGAGGAGAAAGCUUCACGCGAAGGAGUUGACAGCCACCGCGAGGAGGACGGAGACAAGUCUGAUUAGAAGGUGUCCCCAAUGCAGCCCCGUUUUUGUCCAGAGACCUGAAUCCCUAGAUCUGAGCCCCCCUUGGUCUACAGCCUCUCCCCUGGUCUCCCUCUCUCUGACCUUAGCUAACAUGGGCUUCUAUCCCAUCAACACAGCUCCAGAUACAGACCCCAUAACCACCUCCUUUUACUGGGAGGGCUUUGGCUCCGGUCCCCUAACGCCAGACUAGUCCUGCUCGCUUCAUGUCUACCACACAGGUUAUUUCUUUACCCUCCCUUCUCUCUGUCGCCAUCAGAGUGUCUCCCGUGUCUUUUCUUUAAAUACUGUCUCUUUUUUUCCCGCAUGUGAUUGAGCUUCAAUUAUUUUGUGUUUAUUUUUUUUUUUACAAGUACUGCUUUCUAUUUCUGUUCCUUCCUGCCUUCCUGUCGCUCUGUCUCUCAGUUCUUAUUCCUGUUUAGUUUCAGUUUUUUUUCUUUCUCCAUAACUCUAUUCCUCCACUCGCACCCACCUCUUGCCUCUGUUCUAAGCCGGUCCUUGAUAUGCAGGACUCAUCUGUGACACUGAACGCACCGUACCGCAGGCUAAACAUUCUCUGGCAACCUGUUAUACUAUUCAGACACAACACAACACAGGACUCCUACGAACUUCAUUUUCCCAACAGAGAGAUCUGACGGAGAUCCGUAGUGUUGAUAUUUUUUGGCAGUCGAGAUUGCAUGCAUUCAUUCCAAGAUACAAGUUGGCUCUGAGUUUAAACGGUGGAUUGUUGUGGAGCAGAGAAGUGUUUAAAUUGUGCCCUCGUGUCCUCGUGGCUGAAGAGAGAAACAUCACAAACACAAAAACACACAAGUCCGAACCAAAAAAACCUCUGCUUUUACAGCAGGAUUGUUAUAUUGGGAAGACAUCUCCAGUUGACACUAGAGGUUUUGUGUAUAAUCCUACAUUUAUAUUAAGAAAGGAAAAGCACCUUCUUAGAGCAAACCUCCUGCUGAGAUCCAUCAGGGUAGUUAACAAACCGACCUUAGGUAGUAAUCCACCUCUACAUGGCCAACCUUUCCUGACCCUGUGAGGAGCGUUAGGUACGAUACAUCCAACCCGCACCUCAACCGAAAGGCAACAUUUGCUUCAGUAGUUAAAUGAACAGAGAUGCUGCUGGACUCCUGCACCCUCCCAUUAAACCUUCUGCAUCUUUAAUGUGCACUAAUAUCCCAGCAGGCACCGAGGGGAGAGAGAGUGUGCAUGUUGCGUGUUUGACAGCAGAGGGCAGUGUGUGUCUUCCUCCUCGAUGGGUUCAGAGCUUAAACAAAUAAAUAAAAUAAACAGACAGGACAAUGACAGAGUAAAGUCUGUGUCACAAAGGGGAGAAAUAGCUUAUUCAUCCACUCUGUGUGUACAGACGUAAUAUACAGAGACUAGACUGGUGACGUUAAGCUCAGCAUGCGGUCCGUUACAGAGUCGGUCAUGAUGCAGUUGUUGAGGAAAAAGCCUUUUGAUCUCUUCUAAGGAACAUCUCAGCGACACAACUGGACCCCCCCUUUUUUUUUCUUUUUUUUAAAUCCCUCUGUGAUUUCUGGUUUAAAUACGGUACAUUUUGAUCCGCUGUACAGAUCUGUCACGUUUGACUAACACUACAUAAUUCAGCCGGUGUAACACCUACGUACAAUACCGAGCGGGAAAUUUCCAUGACCUUACAAAAUAAUAUCAGAUCACACAGAAGAAGCACAAAGCGUCCUCCACAGCUGCUCCGAUGAGUAAAAACUCCCCCUCAGCCUCACGGGCCCUGUUUUCAAUUAGCUUGUCUGCUUAGGCCGCUCGUCAGGUGGAAGUUUGGUGAAACUAUGCUGGGAAUAAUGUGACGUCAGCAAACUCUGGCUGUGUUUAAAAUGUCAACUAAAUUGUUCAAAGAAACUCCCACAUUUGAGGGCGUCCUGUUAAACGCCACGUACAAUACACACAGUUUGAUUCUGAAGACAGCCUGACAAAGUAUGAAGUUGUUGUUCUACGAACCCCCUAAACACAGACACACACACACAGACACACACACACAUGCAUACAGACACAGAAACAAACACCCUUUCUUAGUCUCCUCUCUCCGAUUUAACGGCUACACUGUGAGAAUGAAUUGAUGUGACGUGUGAAAAUAAACAAUCCUUGAAUUUUGGGAAAACGCCACUCCAAACCAUCUUUGGCUUAUUGACGAUAAAGCACAUUUAUAUUGUUUUAGAAAGGACAGAAAUAUACAAAUUGCACGUAACAGCAUUCAGAAUAAACCCUUUGACAUACUGUUGGGGACAUUGGUGGAACGACUCCUUCGAUGAGGCUCAUUGUUGGUGUGUAUUAGCAGUUGUACAGGUUUGAUGCACAGAGAUGAAACGGGUUAUUGUCUCUCUACAACUAAAGCUAACAUGCUAAUCUGCUUGUGAAUUAAGCUUGCAGCACAUCGUCCUCCCACAUACUGUGUGUGUCUAGCUCCAUACUGUAGUCGUCCUAGUGAUAUGCAGAGCGUGUGGACACAGCAGCAAACACACACCCCCACACACACACACACGCAUCAAUGCAUGUCUGCCGGGGAAACAAGAUUGAUUUCUUUCUAGUUGAGACACUUUUUUUUUUUUUU